CGCGGGGCGCGGGGCGGGCCCGGCGUCCCGGGGCGUCGGAGCGCGGCGACAGUGGCGGGGCGGGAAGGACGGACGGCGCCGGGGCCGCGGCCAUGGCCGAGAGCGCGCGCCGCUGCUGCCUGGGCUGGGACUUCAGCACGCAGCAGGUCAAAGUUGUUGCUGUAGAUGAAGAGCUGACUGUCUUCUAUGAGGACAGUGUGCACUUUGACAGAGAUCUCCCAGAAUUUGGGACUCAGGGUGGGGUUCAUGUUCACGAGGAUGGGCUGACAGUGACUUCUCCAGUCCUGAUGUGGGUCCAGGCCUUGGACAUCCUCUUGGAGAAGAUGAAGGCUUCAGGCUUUGACUUCUCUCAAGUCCUCGCCGUGUCCGGGGCCGGUCAGCAACACGGAAGUGUGUACUGGAAGGUUGGGGCCAGCCAGGUGCUGACAAGCCUGUUACCAGACCUCCCCUUACACGAGCAGCUGCAGGCCUGUUUCUCCAUCAGCGACUGCCCAGUGUGGAUGGACUCUAGCACCACAGCCCAGUGCCGCCAGCUGGAGGCUGCCGUGGGUGGGGCCCAGGCUCUCAGCUGCCUCACCGGCUCUCGGGCCUACGAGCGAUUUACAGGUAACCAGAUUGCAAAGAUUUACCAGCAGAACCCUGAGGCCUACGCACACACGGAGAGAAUUUCUUUGGUCAGUAGUUUUGCUGCUUCCUUAUUCCUUGGGUCUUACUCCCCUAUUGACUACAGCGAUGGUUCUGGAAUGAAUCUGUUGCAGAUCCAGGACAAAGUCUGGUCGCAGGCUUGCCUUGGUGCCUGCGCACCUCAGCUGGAGGGGAAGCUCGGCCCCCCGGUACCCUCCUGCUCAUGUGUGGGAGCCAUUUCUGCCUACUACGUCCAGCGCUACGGAUUCCCUUCAGGAUGCAAAGUGGUGGCCUUCACGGGGGACAACCCAGCAUCACUGGCAGGCAUGAGGCUGGAGGAAGGUGACAUUGCGGUCAGCCUGGGCACCAGCGACACCCUGUUUCUCUGGCUGCAGGAGCCCGUGCCUGCCCUGGAGGGCCACAUCUUCUGCAACCCGGUGGACCCCCAGCACUACAUGGCGCUCCUGUGCUUCAAAAACGGCUCCCUCAUGAGAGAGCAGAUCCGCGAUGAGUCCGCUGCCUGUUCCUGGACUGAGUUUUCCAGGGCGCUGCAGUCCACGGAGCUGGGGAAUGGCGGGAGCCUGGGCUUUUAUUUUGACGUAAUGGAGAUCACCCCUGAGAUUAUUGGGCGUCACAGGUUUAGCGCAGACAACUGUAAGGUCUCAGCAUUCCCUGAGGACGUGGAGAUCCGGGCACUGGUGGAAGGACAGUUCAUGGCCAAGAGGAUCCACGCCGAGGGCCUGGGCUAUCGCAUCAUGCCCAAGACAAAGAUUUUGGCCACUGGAGGGGCCUCUCACAACAGAGACAUCUUACAGGUGCUUGCGGAUGUGUUUGGCGCCCCCGUGUAUGUCACAGACACUGCCAACUCAGCCUGUGUGGGCUCUGCAUACCGCGCCUUCCACGGCCUUGCAGCUGGGACGGGUGUACCCUUCUCAGAGGUUGUGAAGUUAGCUCCCAACCCCAGGUUGGCUGCAACCCCCACCCCAGGAGCUUCUCAGGUCUAUGAGGCCCUCCUCCCGAAGUAUGCCAAGUUGGAGCAGAGAAUCCUGUCCCAGACCCUGGGACCUGUGGCGUGAAUUCCAGAGUUAACCCUGCCUGCCUGAACUCACUGACCCACUUGGAGAUGCAGCUCUGGAUGGCAGGGGUCCUCUUGCCUGUUUGCAGGGGCUCUGCCUGCCCAGCCCUGCUGGGCACCACCUUGAAACCCCCUUAACACAUCGUCUUCAACAUAAACAGGCUGCUUGUGUUCUGUGCCCUUGUGGUCAGGGCAGGAAAGCAUCUCUUCCUGUCUUUUAUCCCAGGAGGUAGGAUAACACUGAGUCUGCAAUAUAGCCAAUAAAAAUGGACUUUUCCCCUUUCAAA